AUGGAACUCACUUGUUUGCGCAACAAAUGCAUUUCUCCUUCUCUUACAGUUCUCUCUAGGGUUUCAAUUUCACUCUCCAGUCUUCCUAAACGCGCCGUUUCAUUUCGCCGGCGGCGGAUAAAUUUGUGCUUUGCAACAUUAGUGGAUGGGAAGCGUAGUAGUGAAGUAGUGAGCCAAAAAGGAGGAGGAGGAGGAGGAGAAGAAGAAGACAAAAAUGAGGAUUUGAAGUCUUGGAUGCAUAAAAAUGGAUUGCCUCCUUGUAAAGUUGUGCUUAAAGAAAGACCUUCUCAUGAUAAGAAACAUCGGCCUAUUCAUUAUGUUGCUGCUAGUGAGGAUCUUCAGGCUGGUGAUGUGGCGGUCUUGGUUCCUAAUUCGCUUGUUGUUACACUGGAGAGGGUUUUGGGAAAUGAGACUCUUGCGGAACUCUUAACCACAAACAAAUUAUCGGAAUUGGCAUGCUUGGCCUUGUAUCUGAUGUAUGAGAAGAAGCAAGGAAAAAAGUCAUUCUGGUAUCCAUAUAUAAGGGAGCUUGAUCGUCAGCGAGGUAGGGGUCAGCUAGCAGUGGAAUCUCCACUUUUAUGGUCUGAAGAUGAAUUGGCUGACCUGACAGGUAGCCCAACUAAGGCUGAAGUUCUCGACAGGGCAGAUGGAAUAAAAAGAGAAUACGAGGAGCUUGACACUGUCUGGUUCAUGGCUGGUUCUCUAUUUCAGCAAUAUCCAUAUGAUAUACCUACUGAAGCCUUUCCCUUCGAGAUUUUUAAACAAGCUUUUGUAGCAAUUCAAUCCUGUGUGGUGCAUUUGCAGAAAGUCAGUCUGGCCCGAAGAUUUGCUUUGGUUCCUCUUGGACCGCCUUUGCUAGCAUACUGUAGCAACUGCAAGGCAAUGUUAACUGCUGUUGAUGGUGCAGUUAAAUUAGUGGUUGAUCGACCAUACAAGGCUGGGGAGCCUAUUGUUGUCUGGUGUGGGCCGCAGCCUAAUUCAAAAUUGCUUAUAAACUAUGGUUUUAUUGAUGAAGAUAAUCCUUAUGACCGUAUAGUAGUUGAGGCAGCACUGAACACUGAGGACCCUCAGUAUCAGGACAAGCGAAUGGUUGCUCAAAGAAAUGGGAAACUUUCAGUACAGGUUUUUCAAGUAUAUGUAGGAAAAGAAAAAGAAGCCGUUUCAGAUAUGCUUCCUUAUUUGCGAUUGGGAUAUGUAUCAGAUCCUUCUGAGAUGCAAUCUGUAAUUUCUUCUCAAGGUCCAGUUUGUCCAGUAAGUCCGUGUAUGGAACAGGCAGUGUUAGAUCAGCUUACUGUUUAUUUCAGAACACGCCUUGCAGGUUAUCCUACCAGCUUAAGCGAAGAUGAAUUGAUGUUGGCAGAUCCUAACUUGAACCCCAAGAAGCGAGUGGCUACUCAGCUUGUUAGAUUGGAAAAGAAAAUGCUAAAUGCAUGCUUGCAGGCAACUGUUGAUUUGAUACACCAGUUGCCUGAUCACACCGUGUCUCCAUGCCCAGCUACUUAUGCCCCUUCAUUGAAAUGA